AUGGGAGGUCAGGCUGUACCGGAUAUCUCGCCCCCCGCUCUCGCCGCCCUCGAAGCGGCACUACUCAACGUCGCUGGCAAUGUGCCACUGCACAACAGGUUUCGGGCUCUCUUCACGCUUAAGGCACUCAAGAACGACAAUGCAGUAAAUAUUAUCUCGAAAGGAUUUUCGGAUGACAGUGCGCUACUAAAGCACGAGCUCGCAUACUGUCUCGGACAGAUGAAGAACACGUCUGCCCUCCCCGUUCUCGAGAAUGUUCUUGCAAACGAGCAGGAAGACCCGAUGGUCCGCCAUGAGGCCGCGGAGGCAAUGGGCGCUAUUUCUUCACCAUCUUCCAUUCCUCUUCUGCAGAAAUACCUCUCCGAUCCUGAACGGAGUGUCCGAGAGACCUGCGAGAUCGCCCUGGCGAAGAUCGACUGGGAUAAUUCUGACGAAGGGCGCAAGCAUUGGGAGGUUGUUAAGAAAUCGGAAGACCAAACAUACACCUCAGUCGAUCCCGCGCCGCCCUCGUCCCGCCUCUUGUCUGGCAAACCAGCGCCCGAAGACGCAUCAACAAUCAGCAUUAGCACACUUCGCACCACCCUCCUCGAUAAGAAUCGCCCGCUCUUCGAACGAUACCGCGCAAUGUUUGCACUCCGCAAUAUCGGCACGCCCGCCGCCGUCAACGCACUCGCUGCGGGUUUCUCCGACGACAGCGCGCUGUUCAAACACGAAAUCGCCUUCGUCUUUGGACAGCUACUCUCUGCGCACUCUGUCCCCUCCCUCCUUGCCGUCCUUCAAAACACCAACGAGUCCGACAUGGUCCGCCACGAGGCGGCUGAGGCGCUCGGAGGAAUCGCGACGCCCGAGGUACUACCGCACCUCAAAGAAUGGAUGCAGCGCCCCGAUGCGCCGCGCGUCGUGCGCGAAAGCUGUCAGGUCGCGAUUGAUAUGUGGGAGUAUGAAAAUUCUGGCGAGUUCCAGUACGCGAAUGGACUGGACAAUGGAGGAGUCAUGGGCGCUGUAGGAGUAUGA